AUGUCAAGCCUGAUGUCGUGCCCUCACCGUUGUCCAUCAUAUGGUGCCUUGACUUGUGCAUCUACACUGAUUCUGCAGACGCUGAAUCUGGAUCUUUCCAAGGAGUCCGUAGACGCCAUCUUGUUGGCAUGCCUUGGUGGUGUGCCAUGCCAAGAGAUGCCAAGCUAUGCGUUCAUGGAAGGGAGUUUCUUUAACAUCUCUUGUAAAAUGCGGGGCUCUAAGCUUCUCUCCAAGGUUUCGUGCCGGCUGGCCGCCAGAAGAGUCGGCCACAAAGGCCACGACAUGUCGUUUGGAGCAUGUGGAGUGUCAUGA